CUCUUUAAAGGAGAGUUCUCAGUGUGUGGGAAAGUUGGUAGUAAAAGUGCCACGUCUUCUUGGGAGGGUUGAGGGAGUCCUGAACUUACCCGAGGCCGGCGUCGCUUUCGGCACAUUUUAACUCUAUGAAGUCGGGGGCCCUUUCUCUGCUUUGGUAACAUGAGGUUUUUCUUGUGGAAUGCGAUCUUGACACUGGGGGUCAUGGCUGUGAGUGCAGCUUUGAUCCCGGAGCCAGAAGUGAAGAUCGAAGUUCUCCAGAAGCCAUUCAUCUGCCAUCGCAAGACCAAGGGAGGGGACCUGAUGUUGGUCCACUACGAGGGCUAUUUAGAAAAGGACGGCUCCCUGUUUCACUCCACCCACAAACAUAACAAUGGUCAGCCCAUCUGGUUCACCCUGGGCAUCCUGGAGGCUCUCAAAGGCUGGGACCAAGGCUUGAAGGGGAUGUGUGUGGGAGAGAAGAGAAAGCUCAUCAUCCCUCCUGCCCUGGCCUAUGGCAAAGAAGGAAAAGGCAAAAUCCCCCCAGAGAGCACACUGAUAUUCAACAUUGACCUCCUGGAGAUUCGAAAUGGCCCAAGGUCCCAUGAAUCGUUUCAGGAAAUGGAUCUCAAUGACGACUGGAAACUCUCUAAGCAUGAGGUUAAAGAGUAUCUAAAGAAGGAGUUUGAGAAGCACGGUGCAGUGGUGAAUGAAAGCCACCAUGAUGCUUUGGUGGAGGAUAUUUUUGAUAAAGAAGAUGAAGACAAAGAUGGAUUUAUAUCUGCUAGAGAAUUCACCUAUGUGCAUGAUGAACUGUAGGGACGCACCUGCCAUUGUAUAUGCGUCCAUCUGUAAAGGGAAGGCAGCACCUUUAAAGGAAGUUGUAGUUUUAACAUUAACAUUCUGUUCUUGCUUUGUUUGUUUUUAGUUUUGUACUAUUUUCUGUUAUUUAAGAAACCCCAUAGAUUUUGUAAAUAUCCACAUAUUUCUGGUAAGUUAUUGGAAAGAAACAGUCAUCUUUGAGUGGAAGACCUCUGGGUCGUUUCCAUGUUCACACAAAGCUUGUUCGCUUGCUUCCUUCUAAUGGUGACGUAUUGCAACUGGAAACAUGCUGCAACCUAUGAACAGGUUGGAGCACAAUCACUUCCCUGCACGGCGGCCUCUUUCUGUUUCCUCUAAGUUAGAUGACUGAUGUGUUUAAAAGCUUUUAUAAUAAUCCAGGGCUUGCUACUUUCAUGUUAUAGUGAAGUAGCUUUUUCUUUACCUGCCUUUGAGUCCCUGCUUGAGGAGACAUAUGGUGGCCCCUCAUUCCUUAACAGUUAUGGCCUCCCUGUGGAGAUGUGCAAUGUUGGAUGAAUGAAGGAGUUAGCAACUCAUGAAUAGGUGUGCAUUGAAACGUUCUGCCAAGAGUUCAUAGUGGCUAAUGGCCUAGUAAGAUAAGUCAGACAAAUAAUUUAUGUGUUUGUUUCCUUGUGAUCAAUGCUUCAAACUAUGGUAGGCGUGGCAGGGAGGUGUAUUUAGAGUCAAUGUUUACUUUAAGGCUACCGGAUUAGCCUCCUGGUUCUUCAGUGUGUAAAGUUUACAGCUGGUAUAUUACUUUGAUGGAACACUGCAAAUGAGGCCAACCUAUACCAACUGCUAUCAAUACACUUAUCCUCGGUUUGAAAAUUGAUACUUAUCAUUUUAUCUCAAAUUGGCUUCUAAAAAUGAUGACUAAUUCUGUUUUUCAAAUUGAUUUUAAUCAAAUUGGUUGUUACCUUUUUUAAAAAAUAUUUAUUUAUUAUAUAUACAGUGUUCUAUCUGUAUUUAUGCCUGCAGGCCAGAAGAGGGCACAAGAUCUCAUUACAGAUGUUUGUGAGCCACCAUGUGGUUGCUGAGAAUUGAACUCAGGACCUCUGGGAGAACAGCCCAUGUUUUUAACCGCUGAGCCAUCUCUCCAGUCCCAUGUUAUCUCAAAUACUUACAACAGACUUCCCAGAGCUCCAUCUGUUAGAAAUAGUUUCUCCUAGUUUAUAAGAACGGAUCAAGUGCACUAUUGUCCAGCUGUUGCUGUUCUGAUGCCCAUGGGAAGCCGCUGGUCUUACAGUACUUCUUUCUGGAUGAGAGGAGCUGUUUGGAAGUUGAUUGAGGAGCUCAGCACUGGUGGUUAAGCUGUAGAUGCGUCUUCUGUCCCUGAGUUCACUUUUCUAUUUUCUGCUAUGGAAGAAGCAAGUUCGCUUGUAUCUGUUGGGCCCCAUUUCCUUUGCGUCUUUACCUCUGGGGACAGUUCUGGCUGUUCCUGGCAGAUCACAGCUCUCCUCAGGUUUCAGGAAUGUCUCUGUUUUCAUAGAAAAAUUGUCACAUUUGCUCUGAAUUGCCUCAGUCAUCCUCCACCCCCAGUGACCCGUGAGAAGGGUCAGAUAUAUGUCUUAGUUCACCCAUUCCUAUCACUUCCUAUUGUUUGUAGAAGUUACUAAUUAUGCAUUGACAUUUUCCCCACCAAAACAUGCUAUUGGGAAGAAUAUACUCUAAGACCUGUUCUUGCAGAUGUCAGGUAUAACCAUAAAAUGGCUGUCAGCACUAGCAUUUUUCUGAACCUGGCGAGGUUGUGAGAAGGCCCGUGACUGUCAUGACAGGACAGUGGUGUGUCUUGAAGGCUGCUUUUCACCAAAGCUGCUGCCGCCAUCUGUGCUGGAGCAAGGACAGAGAAAGAAUCUUGAUUACUCAGUUAUAUAAAUUUGUAUCAGUCCUCAGCUAAACAUUCAAACAAGUAUGAAAGAAAGAUAUACCAGUAAUAAUGGUUGUAUAAGCCAUCUGCCUUUUUUUUUUUAUAGCAAUAUCUUUGGACCCUCCCAUUAGUGGGAAAAAUCAAACACCAACUGUGACUUCACAUGUAUGUAAUUUGACUCAUAAUUGUUCCAUGUGUCAUAUUUAAAUUUCUAUGUCUAUGUGAUACUCUUUGUGAAAAUAAAGUUUAUUUGGGAAAUAA